UUUUUCUCAUUCGCUUUGUUUUCAUUUGGAAUAAUUUUUUUACUCCUUGUCAUUUAUUAAUUGUAUUCUUUUUAUUUUCACAAUUUAAGUUAAAAUGGAUUCGAAAGGUGAUGAUUCGAGCCAAGUGGUUGAGAAUAGUCUUGGAAUACCAAAAGCGGAAUUUGUGGAAGAUGUUGGUAAAUUCAUGGAAUUACAGGAUAAAGAUGCUGCUGCAUUGAUUCGUAAAGCUGAUGAAGAUCAUCACAAGUACCGAUUCAUGGAAAUGAAUUUGGUUCAAAAGAAGAAAAUAUAAAAACAAAUACCAGAUAUAAAAGAAACGCUCAACAUCAUUAGUUUAAUGAAGAAGCGAAAGGAAAAUGAUGCAGAGAUGAAAACAAAUUUCCUUUUGUCUGAUCAUGUCUUCAUGGAGGCAAUUGUACCACCGACUGAUAAAAUUUGUCUUUGGCUUGGGGCUAAUGUGAUGCUUGAAUAUCCACUGGAUGAAGCUGAAUCUUUACUUAUUAAAAAUUUAAAAAUGGCUUUGAAAAAUUUAUCUCAAGUGGAUCAAGAUUUGAAUUUCUUACGAGAUCAAAUAACCACAACAGAAGUUAACAUGGCUCGAAUUUACAAUUGGGAUGUGAAGAGACGUCAAGCUGAAAAAUCAGCAUUAACAGCAGCAACUAGUUGAUCAUUUUCCAUGAUAAAAUAAUCAAUUAAUACACUUUACUAUUCACAAAUAAACCGAACUCAGUUUGAAAAAAAAAAUCAUUGAGAUCUUUUGAAAAUGGUUAACAAGUUUUAGUUCAUUUCUCAUCCGCUAGAUGUCACUAAACUUGGAAUGAAUCAUUUUAAAUGAUCACAUGUUAUUGUUUGACAAAAAAAAAGUAACAAUUAAUUUGUUGAAUAUUUAAACGAGUUAAUUUAAUUUAAUUGUGUUGAAUUGGGUAAAUUAAUUAUGCCGAAACCACGAGUACCCAAAACUUUAACUCGACGUGAUCCGCGAAUGAAAGAAAUUAAGGAGAAAUUAAAACCAAAGAAAAAGAAGGUUGAAAAAAAACGAACGGUUGCAAUUCCAUCAACAAGUAUGUUCUUUAGUUACAAUCAACAACUUGGUCCACCAUUUAGGAUAAUUUGUGAUACCAAUUUCAUCAAUUUCUCAAUUAAAAACAAGCUCGAUAUGAUCCCUGCAAUGAUGGACUGUCUGUUGGCCAAAUGUAUUCCCUUUGUCACCGAAUGUAUAAUUGCUGAACUUCAAAAACUUGGAGCCAAAUAUCGGGUCGCAUUGAAGAUAAUUAAAUCUAAUUUUGAGGUAUUACCUUGUGCUCAUAAAGGAACCUAUGCCGAUGAUUGUAUCUUUAAUCGAGUCAGUGCUCACAAGUGUUACAUUAUUGGCACUUGUGACAGAGCUUUACAGAAGAGACUGAGAAAAUUAACUGGAGUUCCAAUUAUGUACUUGAAGAAUCGUAAAUAUUUCAUUGAACGAAUGCCCGAUGCUCCGGGAAUCGAACCUGUUUAGAAGUUAUUUUUUUACGUCUUAAUUUAAUUGUAUUGAAAUAAAGAUAAAUGUGUAAAAAAAACUAA